CCGUAGCAGGAAGUUGCUCAAUAAAUAAUUAUAGGGUUAAUUAGAGAAGCUUGUAAUAUGGAGCUCCAUUGGAGACUUGUCUCCAAACUGUGCCUCUUGUACAUUGGUGAAUUUCUGUACAAGGUAGAGAGCCUUGAGAUGUUGCAGGUGUCACCAAGGCAGGGCUGUGACUCAUCCUUAGCAUUUCAUUUGUCCCAGUGUUGCUGGAGCAGGUCCUGUUGGAUGCUGUGACCAGAGCCCCCAGUAUCCAUGAAGCAUCCAGCAUGUCAGGGCUGGAUAUUUAUUGUGUGAUGUCCCCAUUUUCACCCUGGCUUUUGCUCCCACUUUGGUGAGCACUGCUUGCCCUCACCCCAACCCCAGCAGUAUGUUUCCCACCUCUGCACAGCAGACUCUUGAAAUUUAACACACCAGGUUCUGAACUGGGUCCUGAAAGCUUUUUUCUGUUGCAGCUCAGAAGCCGCCUCCUUUGUUGUUUAUGUUUGUGUAUGCAGAUUUUAUAAAAAAUAACCCUGGGUGCGGGUGGAGCUGCCGCGUCGGUUGCAGUAGGUUUGUCUGAGGUGAAAGUGCUGCGUGGAGGUUUGUUUGCAGGUGUGGUUUUUGCCAAGCCCUGGCUGACAGUUCUGAGAACAGAACUGAGAAAGAUGGGGCACAGGUGAGCCCCGCGGCGAAUGAGGAAUGGUGGUGACAGUGGAACAGGGCAGGAGAGAGAAAGCUGUGCCUGGCACCCCUGAAGAGAGCCUGUUCCAGUUCCUACCCUGUCCACAGCUCUGGGAACACUGGAAAAUGGCCUAUUGUGAGCUCAGGCUGAUAAGUGACUCUGGCAACAAAGUUUACCUUGGCCAUGGGAAUAAAGAAGUGUUCUCCUGCCGAGGUAUCCUUCUGGCUGUCCAGUGGUUUUGGGACAGGGGACACAAGGAUAUUACAGUCUUUGUGCCAUCGUGGAGGAAGGAGCAGCCCCGACCAGAUGUACUCAUAACAGACCAGUACAUUCUGCGUGACCUGGAGAAGAAGAAGAUCCUGGUGUUCACGCCGUCGCGGCGGGUGGGAGGCAAGCGCGUGGUGUGCUACGACGACCGCUUCAUCGUGAAGCUGGCGCACGAGUCCGACGGCGUCGUGGUGUCCAACGACACCUACCGCGACCUGCAGAACGAGCGGCCCGAGUGGAAGAAAUUCAUCGAGGAGCGCCUGCUGAUGUACUCCUUUGUCAACGACAAGUUUAUGCCUCCAGAUGAUCCCUUAGGGCGUCAUGGCCCCAGCCUAGAUAAUUUCCUCAGGAAGAAACCUGUAGUUCCAGAACACAAGAAACAGCAGUGCCCUUAUGGGAAAAAAUGCACUUAUGGAAUUAAGUGUAAGUUCUACCAUCCUGAAAGGAUCAACCAGCCGCAGCGCUCGUUAGCUGAUGAACUCCGUGCCAACGCAAGGCUGUCUCCAACCAGAAGUACCAGUGCCAAGGAGGAGAAAAAGGGGAAGCGUGGUUCCCAGGCAGAGCUCUUGUGCUCUGUGCCCACGGAGAGUGACAAAGGCUCUUUACAGAAGGUCUCUGCAGAGAGGAAGAGCUUGGCCCACAAAGCCAAGGCCAGUGACGUUGUGCUUCAGGCCAAAGGCUGUGUGCCAGGCACUGUCUCCCCUGACAGGUACCAGCAGCCUCCCAUGGAUUCUCUGUCUUACAUCUCUCAGGAGCAUCUCGACUCAGGCAUUGGGUCUCUGGAGAACCAGCUGUCUGACAUGUGGCCUCACAGAUGUACCAGUCACUGUGACCAUUCCCACGCGGAGCAGGUGCCCGUCUGCUCCUGUGGCAGGCAGAGACCUGUGUACCCCCAUUCCCCCAGCUUAGAGCAGAACGGUCUGGUCCCUUACAACCACAGCUCCCACAAAUCGUCAUCCUCUGGUGCUAGCUUCUUGCAGUACAGCCCUGAGAUGUCUCGCUCAGGGGCUCCCCCCUCUUUCUCGGGCUUUGGGGUGCCUGUGCACGCGGGGCAGUACAGCCUGCCCGGGGAGUUCGGCGCCGCGCUGCCGCGCUCGCGGGAGUUCUGGUCCGAGCCGUACGCGCUGCCGCAGGUGAGAUCCCCGGGCGUGCACAGCCCCCGCCCGGUGCAGAGGGCCCCGGGGCCGGCCUACGGGGACUCGGGGCCCUGGGCUGCGGAGGAGCAGUUUGCUGAGGAGCGGGCCAGCGUGCACGUCAAGCUGUGCGGCAUCUUCCACCCACACCUGGUGGAUGCCGUCAUGAGCCGCUUCCCCCGGCUGCUGGACCCCCAGAGGCUGGCAGCAGAGAUCCUCACCUACAAGGCCCAGAACCCAGGUGUGUGAGGCAGGUGCCAAGGGCAGGCAGGGGUGGGGAGAGCUUGAGGGGCUGGGUUUGCCUCUGCAGCUGCCACAGAUGCCUUCUGAGUGCUCCUUCUUGUUCCCUUGGAAGUACUGGGCUCCAGCUGGAGGCUGGGUGCCAGAUGUGGUGUGCUCACAGCAAAUUCUGCUCCAGCUAUGACCACAUGCCUGUGGGAGAGGUGAGAACACCCCAGCAUCUCACCUUCCCCAGGGGCUAAGCAGGAAGGGAGGCUGCAGCUCUAGAGCAGAACUGUUCCUCUGGGGUUCAUGGGAGUCUGGCACACCCUGAGCUCCUGCAGUUGUCCAUAACUGGAUGUGAGAGAAGUGGGUGCUGCCUUUGUAGUGGCCUAAGGCUAGUUUCUGAGGACCCAAAUGCCUUGUCAAUGCUGUUGUUGGGUCCUGACUAAGCCUCUUUACUAAAUCCCACCGUUCAGAUCUGUGGCAAAUGCUGCAUUAUUAACGUAAUCUGAAGCUGGGUUUAUCUGACUGGUUUUACUAUUGCACUUCUUGAAUGAUGUUUUCCACACCCCUCCCACCUCAACUGAUUUUCCUGAGGUAGUUGUGCCCCAUGGACCACAAGUGCUUAGUGAGCUCUCAGCUGCCAGGAGCACAGUCCUUGCUCAGGAGGAGCUGCUGGACACUGCUCCAGAGCUGUGUGUGAGUUGUGUGUUGGGUAUGUGCUGACAGCUGCAGUGUCAGAGCAGGUGGGUGAGCUGAGCAUGCUGUGAGUGCUGCUCUGGAGCUGUCUCUGUCCCAGGAUGGCUCUGUACAGCACUGACAAGGAUUUAUUAUGUGCCUUUUGCCUUCAGACAGCAAUAGAACAGCUGCAGUCACAUCUGGACUGCUGCCAGGGGCCUUUCCAAGGAGUCUUUAAUAUUUUGUGUUGUAAAGCUGUUGCUUUCUCUUCUUCCUCACCAAUAUUCCCCUGUCCCCUUUGGCUGUGCCCAACUAGAGCAGCAUCCAGAAUUGUAGAAUAAGAAUUACUUGGCAAGACUGUUUCUGUUCCAUUUCCUCUUACUCUGUAAGAUGUUUUCUAUUGUAGGUACUGUAAGAGAUUUUAAAUAUGCAAAACCAAUUGCUGUAGUAAUUGGUUCUGGUCCUGGAAUUUUGCUGUGCAAGGGAUGCAGAAAUGUUCCUGGCACUUGCAGGCCAGAAGCAGUUGAUUUGUUGAUACACAUUGUAUCUGUGUGUGGUGUUGUUUUCUAAAUACAAUACACCCUUCUGUGGUUAAACCAAGGUUAUUGAGUGGCAAAUUAGGAAGGGGAGAGUGGUCCUGAAACCCUCCUGGGAGCAGUGUUGUCUGUUCCUGCUCUUCCCUCUGCUGUCCAAGGAAUGACCUGCCCAGACUGGCACCAUGUGCCAUGAGACCACAGGGACACAGGAACCUGUAUACCUGGUUAAUAAUGAUACAUUACAAAUUAGUAAUGUUUCAUGUUAGUAAGCAAAAUGCUUCUUAAUUUUAAAUAACCUGAUACUUUGCAUAUAUGUAAAUUACAGAUAAAAUGGUUUUUAAUGUUACUGUUCAGCACCUUGCUGCUUGCAGUUUUAAUCAAUGCUGUUCUCACCUCAGCCACAUGUUACUCGGCAAGGUGGGUUUGGGUUUCUGGUGGAAUGCUGGUAUCUGCUGCCUCUCUUGCAAUGAGAAGAUUAACAUUUUGUGCUCCCCAGCUGACACUUGCUGAACUUUCUGUAUCACUAUGCAGUAUAGUCAUGUACUGAAUAGCCAUGUGACAGCCCUGGCAAAGAAAAACUGUGUUAUAUAAAUAAAAACUGCUGAGUUGA